AUGCUAGGUCGCCCCUCGGCUGGUUCGGAUGUCCUCAUUGAAAUCCGGAGAUGCCAGGAGUUGUUCGAGGAAUGCCUCAAUAUCCGCCUGCUGAUGGAGCAUGAGUGGGCCGAAAACAAGCUCGCACUUUUCAAGCUGUGGGCUUCUGGAAUGGACGCUGUCGCACCGGACACAGACUCAUUUUCUGUAGAUGCCAGGGUUGGCCGAAAAACAGCGCUGGUGGAUAUCUUUGUUGGCCUUCUGCAAAUGUUGGCUGAAUUUCUUAAAGAGUGCCAGGCGUUGGGCAAAGAAGCUCUUCACGUAGAGGGGGUUGAGCAACACCUCGCUGGGGCAGCACGUAGGUCUCAGCAAGGAGAGCCAGAUGCUAUGUACAGGGGGAGAGCAGUGACUUACCGUCGGGGUCAAAGCCACCGAAUCUCGAGGUCAAUAUCUCCCUGGUCUGAUCAGUCCAGCCUAGGAUGCGGAUCAGAUGGUACUGGUCAACCUGACGACGAUCGGCUUGCCGAAUCAAUGAAGGGCGUUGAGUCAAUGCUUUACCAAUUGGACAAUCUCAGCCUCGCGCUGCGGCCAUCGGAAACUCCGUUUCCACUACAGGAAGCCGACUGGUAUUUCAAACAAUCGGAACACUCACAUCUCAAGGCCUUCCUCACAUCUUGGAUCUUAUCACAUACAGGUACAGGACCUUCUGAUGCCUUCAGCCCCGUGACCAAUCAGCAGAGAUUAACUUCUGUUCAACGGCGCUUGGUCUACGCAAAUCUCAGGAGGCGCAACCGCUUCCUAUAUGCUCAAAAGCAUUCUCAAAAGCCGUCUGUGAAUGUUGAAGCUAGUCGAGCCGAGCCGACGUCGGUCUCAGAACCAGACACCAACUUGUCGCUAUACGCUGAUGCUCCUACCAUCGCCGAGGCUUCAGUUCAGCAAGGGCCCUCUAACGUGGCGCAAGAUGUAGCUGCCGACAGUCCAAGUGUAAUGCGUCUAGGAGCCCCGACGGAGAUAAUCAACGACCAAAUCGAAGAACAAGGCUCUUUGUUCAUUCCCACUUCCUCAAAUAUGCAUCAUCUUGUGCCGCCCCCGAUGCGUCCGAGAGCAAGGUCAUUUGAAUGCCCUUGCUGUUAUCAGUUGCUUGAUCCUACAUUUUGCUCUGACAGUCUCUGGAGGGGGCACCUUACUAGGGACAUCCGCCCAUAUACGUGCAUCUACGAAAAGUGCUCUAAUCCGGAAGCCACUUUUGCCACACGGCAAGCCUGGAUGGAUCAUAUGACAGGAGACGAGCCUCUCAAUGAGAUGUCUUGGAGCUGCUUGAUAUGCGCUGAUGGCAUCAGAUACCAAGAGAGCUCAUAUCUAUCAGAUCACAUCAUGGAAAACCACUCGGCAUUCGUCACAAUCGACCAGAUGCCGACGUUACUUGACGCAUCCCUGAGAACACUGUCGCCUGCAUCUCUAUCGUGUCCAUUGUGUGGUCCCAACAGCAAGGUUGACCCAGAAACGGCUGGCUUCCCCUUGGACCACAUUGCCGAGCACAUCCAUUCCUUCGCAUUUCUGUCUCUUCCAUGUGCGCCUGACACUUUCGCCGUGGACUCCAAGUCAAUACAGGGCGCGAGCGAAUAUGCAGAUGCGUGGCUAGAAGCCACUGAGAUAUACAUGCUUGAACAGCGUAGGACAGUGAAUGCGCCGGGCCGUUCUCUCCAUGAUGAGCAAGCUUUCGCUGAGAUCGGAAGCAUGCACGCCAACUCUGAGAUGGAUUCGGAUCUGGGAGAUUUGGGUAGUAAAAUACCGGAAGUAAUCCAUCUUAAAGAAACCGAUCAAAGAGAGAUUCCCGAUCAGAGGUCCCCCUUGGAUCAGGCGACAAAGGAUGACUGA